AGGGCGGAGAUGAUUAGGAAAAAAAUCAUCCGUCUGAGCUCCUCGCCAUUUGCCGCCCCCAUAGUGUUCACCCCGAAGAAAGUUAGCGGGUACCGAAUGUGCACCGACUACAGAGCACUGAAUAGGGUGACUAUUAAGUCGCAUUACCCUAUCCCGCGCGCCGACGAACUCAUCGACCAACUUCGCAAAGCUCGCUUCUUCUCCAAAAUAGAUUUACGAGGGGGUUACUCUCAGAUUCGUGUAGUUGCAGCUGAGUGUCACAAGACUGCAUUUCGUACUAGGUAUGGGAGUUUCGAGUAUGAAGUUAUGCCCUUCGGGUUGACGAACGCCCUGGCAACUUUUAAAAUGACCAUGAACCAGAUCUUCAGCUCACUCAUAGAUAGGUGUGUUAUAUUCUACCUAGACGAUAUCAUGAUCCACAGCGAGACCCGGGAGAAGCACUUAAAGGACCUCGAAGCAAUUUUUCACGCUACUGCAGGGGCAUCGGCUGCUCACGAAGGGGUCCAAGUGCGAGUUUUUAAAAGACCGCCUCGAAUUUCUGGGACACAUUAUUUCUACCAAGGGCGUCGAAGUGGACCCGCGCAAAAUCAAGACAGUGCAAGCCUGGCUACUGCCUAAGAACCUGCACGAGCUGCAAAAUCUUUUA